AUGGGCUGUGCACCCAGCAUUUUCUGGGGAAAGAAGCCCGCGCAAGAGGCGAAUCCCCACCCUCGGCUUUACAUUCCGCUACCUCGUCGAGAGCCUGUUCCCGAAUUCCCAGUUCUGCCAACAUUUCACGAGAACCCAAGUGGUACCUUCAUGCAUUUGUACGAGGAGGAUAAUUGGCGACCAUACUACGAGGGUCGAAGUGUUCCGCCGAUAGGAUACUCGGGAAUUGGUCGAGCCCCAUCUUUGAAGGGGAGAAAAGACGGAAAGGGGAAAGGCAAGGAGAGAGAGGAUGGAGAGUCAGCUACGAAUGGAAACGAGAGGGAAAAAGAUAGGGAACAUGCAGGAGGAAGUAGUGGGGCAGAUAAAAAGACGAAGGGCGUCUUUAAAAAUAUGGAUGUCAUUGUGGAGGAUGAUAACGAGUGA